CGGUCCUCGGGUCAUGCACGCAGUGCUGCCGGUCUCGCUGGCCCUGCUUUCGCCUCGCUCGCCAGCCCUCGCCUCGACGCCGGCAUGGACCGCUUCGCCUCGCAUAGCUCGGCCGGCGGUCAUGCUGGCCGCGCCGCGCGACGACAGCCCCUCCUCGCUCUUCUCGCCAGAGAGCUGGACUGAGAAGGGCUUCGACGGCGUCCAGCGGCUGCCUGCCGCCUGCCGCGCGGCGGAGGCGACGACGGCGGAGGCGGAGCACCUAGCGCUCGCCUUCCUCUCUCAGGACGCCGACUCCGUCGUCGCUCGCACCCUCUCCAAGGCGGGCUCCUCCGCGGCUUCGCUCAAGCGGCAGCUUGAAGACUUCAGCGCUCGGCAGCCCAAGGUGAAGGGCGCGGCGCCGGAGCAGCCGUCGGUCGGCGCGUCGCUGCUCGCGCUGGUGCGCGGCGCCAACAACGAGCGAGCCGCGCUCGGCGACGAGUUCCUCUCCGGCGAGCACGUGCUGAUCGCGCUCGCCGAGGAGCCUCGCUGCGGCCGCGCGGCGCUGCGGGCGGAGGGUCUCGACGCGGCCAAGCUGCGGACUGCGGCGGACGAGGUGCGUGGCGGGCGCAAGAUCAGCUCAAAGGACCCCGAGGCCGCCUACGAGGCGCUGGAGAAGUACUCGCGCGAUCUCACGGCGGAGGCAAAGGCUGGGCGGCUCGACCCGGUCAUCGGCCGCGACGACGAGGUUCGCCGCGCGAUGACCGUCCUCUCUCGGCGCACCAAGAACAACCCGAUUCUGCUCGGCGAGCCGGGUGUGGGCAAGACGGCGAUCGCCGAGGGCCUCGCGCAGCGCAUCGCCGCGGGAGACGUGCCCGAGAGCUUGCGCGGCCGCAGGCUGCUCGCGCUGGACAUGGGCGCGCUCGUCGCGGGCGCAAAGUACCGAGGCGAGUUCGAGGAGAGGCUCAAGGCGUCUGUGCUGCGCGAGGUGACCGAGGCGGACGGCGCCAUCAUCCUCUUCAUCGACGAGAUCCACACCGUCGUCGGGGCCGGGAAGGCGGACGGCGCGAUGGACGCCGGCAAUCUGCUCAAGCCAGCGCUCGCGCGCGGUCAGCUGCGCUGCAUCGGCGCGACGGCGAGGCGCGGCGGCAGCGAGGGAGCGGCGUCUCCGUCAGGCCCACCGCUGUGCGCAGGUGCGACGACGCUGGACGAGUACCGGCAGCACAUCGAGAAAGACGCGGCGCUCGAGCGGCGCUUCCAGCAGGCCGCCGUCUUCGUGGCCCAGCCGACGGUGGAGGCGACCACCGGCAUCCUGCGCGGCCUCAAGGAGCGGUGCGAGCAACAACCUCCACCUGCUGCGUCGCACUAGCGUCGCCCUCCGGGAGGAAGGAGCGGAUGAGUCGGUCCUGAUGCGUGCAGGUACGAGCUCCACCACGGCGUCGCAAUCUCGGACGCGGCGCUGGUGGCCGCGGCGGCCCUCUCCGACCGGUACAUCUCGGAGCGCUUCCUGCCCGACAAGGCGAGGCCGUCCCGAGACGGCUGUGGACGGCGCGCCAGCUGUGAGCGGCGCCCUCCUCGCAGCGCUCGCACCGCCGUGACCAGGCGAUCGACCUCGUCGACGAGGCGGCGGCGAAGCUCAAGAUGGACGCCACGUC